CAAUCGUAAUCCCAUUCUCUCCUUUUUUUCUAUUCCUCUUUUCUUUUUCAGGUCAAUUACUCUCUAUGUUAUCUCUUCAUCCCUUUUUUCCCAUUGCGCGUUCCUGCUUUUUGUAAUUCACAUAGAAACUGGUCGAUCUGGCAGAAUUAUAGUUACACGAUCCAUAUCCUUUGUGGCACAUUUUGAAGCUCAUUUCAAUAUACCAAAAAAAUGAAUACUCCUCGCCCUUUCCCCCCUUUUUCUUCUCGUUCUUCUUUCCCUAGUUCCUCUUUCUUUCUUUCUUUUUUACACUUUAGUUCUUCAAAAAGGAUUUACCCUUUCUUAUUCUUUAGCCGCUCCCCCUUUCCAUUCCUUUACUUUUAAAAGAUGAACAAUUACGACAAGUCCAAAUGGCUUGUUAUGGCCGGCAUUAUUACAACAACAAAUGCCAUGUGGUUGCCUCAGAAGCGUGGCCCUGACUUUCGUAAUGCAGGCGACCCAGAACCUACGGACCAUAGCAACAAAACCACUAAAGAUGCUACUCAGACCACCAAUAAACCAAAAGCUACACACACAACGGCAAAGAAUGAGCCAUCGAAUGAUAGUAACCCCACUACUUCUACUACACGCCGCUCCUCGUCUUCUCCUAAAACAGCAUCGGCUGCUUCUGCUUCUCCUAGCAGUAAUAGCAGUAACAGUAGCAGUAGCAGCAGUAGUAGUGCCCCUACAAGUGGUGCUGUCAGCAGUACUGCCGUUGUCAGUAGUCCUGCGCCAACUGUCAUGGGUAGUUCCACAAGUGUACCUAGUUUGACCGGAAGCAUUUCAUCUAGCACGCCUUCCGCAUCAGCAGCCGCUAGCACUGGCUCAUCCGGAUCAUCCUCUUCUGGUGCUAUUAUCGGCGCUGUCGUUGCUGUUCUUGUAGUUGCCAUUGCCGGUGCAGGUGCCUUACUCUUCGUACGUAGAAGAAGAAGAAGACAGUUGAAGCAGAGCCGAGCAGCUCGCAUGUCGACAAUGAACCCCAACUUUGGUGUAGAAAACAAACCCUAUGACCAUCAAGACAAUUACUCUGCUCCUCAAACAGAGUAUAACGAAGCGCCCAGCAUGCAGCAGAUAGCAACAGCAACAACAGCAACGAGUAAUUUCAAUACGUAUCAACCUGCGCUUGCGAUUAACAAUCAGAGUAAAGAAACGAUUCAACAACAGCAACAACAAUAUUAUCAAACGCAGUCACCUACGGCUGUACAGCCUCAGAUAACAGAAGGACCUCAUGAGCCUCAAACAGCUUCGCUUGGAACGUUUACUGUCAUUGCCACUUAUAUACCUACGCUUAGUGACGAGUUAGAAAUUGAGCCCGGAGACCGUAUUGAACUACUUGUAGAAUAUGAUGAUGGCUGGUGCCAAGGCAUCAACAUUACCAAGAAUUACGCAAAGGGUGUUUUCCCAAGACAUUGUAUUGACGCUGUUGACCAAGUUGCUCCUCUUCCUCCUUCCUCAACCGCAGACGUUGAGAGAACAAAGCGAGUCAGUUCAAUGUAUGUUACGGGUACUUCUGCUAAAUAACCAUUAGAUUCUCCCUACCCACUCUCUAUCAUAUUAUAUUACCAUUUCAUAUAAUAAAUUUUAUACUUUAGUCAUUUUUGACGCAACAUGACGUUGGAUGACCAAGUGCGAC